AUGAAUAAUACAUACAAAUCAAACUUAAAAAGAAUUAUAGAUCUUUUACUCUCUGAUGAAAAUGAAGAUGAUUACAUUACCAGUCAAGAUUCGGAUUUGGAGAAUGACUAUGAUUUCGUUCCUGUUGAAUCCGAUGAUACAUCAACAAACGAACAUAUAUUAGAAGAGUCGGAUAAAUCAAAUUCUGAUGAUGAUCAAACUGAUACUUACACAGAUGAUCAACCAGAAAUAUUAGAAAUAGCCGGUAUUAGAUGGUCAAUACGUGCAAAUCUGAAACAAGGUCGAAUACCGGCUGCUAAUGUAAUAAAAAAAAGACCGGGUUCAACAACCAAGGUUCAAACGAUUUUGGAUUCAUUUAAACUUUUCUUGACAAAUGAAAUCCUCGAUGAAAUUGUUCUUCAGACAAAUCAUUAUGCAGAACAAUAUGUUGAUUAA